AGCCGGCGGCGGCGGCGGCGGCUCUGCAGAAUGACCUAUAGUAACCUCGCCCCGCCCCGGCCGCCAGCCCCGCGCUCCCCCGGCCGGCAUUUGAUUGGCUCAGCCCCUCACGCGCCACCGCCCGCGGGCCAAUGGGCGGAGGACUCUUUGCAUAUGCAACGAGCGCCGGCCGGGGCUGCGCGUCCCGGACUGCGGCUCAACAGACGCGGCUCAGCCGGCGCCUGGGGACGUCGCUGCGGUUGUGGCCGCGGCCGCGGGCUGGGACGAAAAAAGCGGCGGCGGCGGCUGAGCGGGCUGCGGGCUGCGGGCGGUCGUCCCCUUCUCGCAGGGCGGCCUCGGCAGCUCCGGCAGGUCCUGUAGAGGUGGCGCUAGGCGGGAACCGCUCCCGGGAACGGCCAGGCCUGCGUGGGUCGGAGCCCACGACUUCUCAAUAACUAAGAUUCUCAGAAAACAUCUGUGUCAAAGAGAGUUGGCAAUAAGAUGAGUGAGACCAGACGCUUCUUCAAGAGCUUACAGGUGAUGUGAGAGAAAAUAGGCUGCUACCAUGAACGUGACCGGGAAUGUGGUAGGCCUUCUGGCUUUGAGCCAGCAGGAAGAACUAGUGGAUUUGCCAAACCACUACCCAUUGACUACAAGUGAAGAUGAGGGGGACAGUGAUGGAGAAAGAAAAUGUCAAAAACUCCUGGAAGCAGUCAAUUCCCUUGGUGGAAGGAAUAAUUGGAAAUUGGCCGAGAGAUCUGAAGCUAGUCUGAUGGUGUCAGAGUUCAAUGUCACUUCUGAAGGGUCAGGUGAGAAGCUGGUUCUGUCAGAUUUGCUUGAGACUGCUACAACAUCUUCAUUGGCUACUGUGAAAAAACAACUGCUUAGAGUCAAGUCAAAGACUCUCGAGACACCCCUUGACAAAAAAGAAACUGACCAGUUCCUCAGGGAAGCAGCAUUCAGCAAAACCUCACAAAUGCUCUCCAAGUGGGAUCCCAUCGUUCUGAAGAACCGGCAAGCAGAACAGCUGGUUUUUCCCAUGGAGAAGGAGCUGCCAGCUGUUGCUCCCCUUGAACAUGUAUUCACUGGCUGGAAAACAAGGACCCCCCUGGAGCAAGAAGUUUUUAACGUCCUUCAUAAGAACAAGCAGCCAGUAACAAAUCCUUUAUUGACUCCUGUGGAAAAAGCCUCCCUCAAAGCCAUGAGCCUAGAAGAAGCCAAGAUACACCGAGCAGAGCUUCAAAGGACACGAGCUCUGCAGUCCUACUAUGAGGCCAGAGCUCGAAGAGAGAAGAAAAUCAAAAGUAAAAAGUACCACAAAUUUAUAAAGAAAGGAAAGGCCAAGAAAGCCUUAAAAGAGUUUGAGCACCUGUUGAAGGACUGCCCAAGUGCUGCAUUGCAAGAACUGGAAAAAAUGGAAGAGGCCAGAGUGAAGGAGCGGAUGAGCCUUAAGCACCAGGGCAGUGGAAAAUGGGCCAAGUCAAAGGCAAUUAGGGCCAAAUAUGACCUGGAGGCCCGCAAAGCUAUGCAAGAGCAUUUGGAGAAGAACAGAGAACUGACACAGAAACUCCAGGUAGUUUCAGAGAGUGAGGAGGAAGAGGAAUGCACCACAGGAGGAGUAAUCCCUGUCUCUGAUGGAGUGAAUGACCUACAGAUGAAUGCACCUGUUCUAAAUCCCUGGAUGCUGAUGAGUUGCAACUGUGAUGCACAAAGUGAUGAGAUCAAGACCAAUCCUGAACAGCUGCCCGAACUGGUGGCCAAUGGGUCUUCUCAAAGUGGGGGAGCUGAAAGACCAGUGGCAGAAGAACUUUUGUUGAAAGAAAGAUCUUUUCAAGAAAGAGUUGAGCCCAACAGUGCUAAGCCAAUGGGUGGCCAAGAAACAGAAGACUCUAUUGGCCAGGAGGUAUCUGAACCAAGAGUAUUGUUUCAGAAGCUCCACAAGGAAAACCAUCAGUCUGAGCAGCAAAAAGGGAGUUCAGUGGCAACUGUUCUCCAGAUCCAGAGAGAGGAACUUGCCCCGGAGGAGAGCCUGGUGUUUCAAAGGAUAGAGAGAGCACAUGUUCUGGAAGAACAAGAAGAGUUGGGCAAAGAGAGGCAUUAUCAAAAAGGGGGACUUCCCAGUCCUACCUUAAAAGGAGAGUGGAAGGAAAGGAAUCUGCACAGUAUACCUGAUUCCUCUAGAAGGAAGAAAAAAGAACAAAUGAUUGAUCUACAGAAACUCCUAACUGCUAAAUCUCCUGUGAAGUCUUUGGCGGUGCCCACAGUAGAGGAGUUGGAAGAUGAAGGAGAGACAGACCACAAGCAGGUAAUAAAGGAAGCUUUUGCUGGGGAUGAUGUCAUCAGAGAGUUCUUAAAAGAGAAAAGAGAAGCUAUAGAGGCAAAUAAGCCAAAGGACUUGGACCUGACAUUGCCUGGAUGGGGUGAGUGGGUUGGUAUAGGAAUGAAGCCCAGUGCCAGGAAAAGACGCCGUUUUCUUGUUAAAGCUCCUGAAAGUUCUCCAAGACAAGACAAGAAUCUGCCAAAUGUGAUUAUCAAUGAGAAUCGCAACAUCCAUGCAGCAGCCCAUCAGGUGCAGGCUAUUCCGUACCCAUUCACCCACCAUCAGCAAUUUGAGAGGACUAUCCAGAACCCUAUUGGGUACACAUGGAACACCCAGAGGGCCUUCCAAAAGCUGACACUUCCCAAGGUUAGCACCAAACUAGGGCAUAUCAUUAAGCCCUUAAAAGCAGAAAAUGUGGGCUACUGCUCUUCCUCAGGGUCUGACCUAUCUGUCCUACAGAGCAGUCGGAAGCACCUCUCCAGAAAGCAGCUAAAACAACUGAAGAAGAGCUCUGAACAUUGAGCUGCUAGGGGACUAACUCUUUGUUCCUGGGACUAGAAACCUUGAG